ACUGGCCUAGUGGUUCACCCAACAGGCUCAGACAAUGGUGGCUGGGUUCCAGUGUCCGCCUCGGCCUGGUUGUGUGAAGCCCGCCCUGCAGGACAGGGUCAGAGCACCUCCGCCCCCUGGGUUGGCUAGCCAAGCUGCCUGCCCUUAGGUGUAUACUGCAAUCCAGGACUGUGUGUGUCACGUUGCCCGCUUCCCCCUGCAGAUGGCCAUGCAAACGUGGGGUUCACAGGACUCCUGCUUGUGGCUCCUCAGCUCACCCAGUCUUCUGGGUUUGCCCCAUGAAUUAGGCACAGCCUUGUUUGCUUUCCAUUUAGCAUGUUGGGGGGACCCAGCCAAUGGUGGUUUGUUUAGAUAGCUAAGGUAAAAGCCAACUAUGUUUUAGCACCAGAUGGAGCAAAUCCAAUCUAUGUAGGUGAUUGCUCUGCCCUGCUAUUUGUCUCUCAGCAAUUGGCCUUCCCUGAUGUGUUGAAUUCUGGCCAGCUGACUGGGGAUUCUGGGAAUUGAACUCUAAUCCUGUAUUAAAGGGACCUGCUUGAUCUGGCCCAGGCUUGUAAACUUGGUUAGCUCUUAAAAACUCACGCUUAUUUCUGAAUACUAUAUUGGAUCAAACUGAUAGGCUCUCCCUAAAGAAGAUGCCCUGGCUUGUUUGCUUGAGUAACCUGCUUUGCUAAACUACUGUUUGAAACGGAGCUGAGAACUGCAGCCUCUUUCAUAGCCUUAAUUUCUCCUUGUGCUUGUUUCCUUUUGAAAAAUAUGAUUUGGUGGGACUCCCAAAUACAGCAGAAUAAAUUCCCACCUUGUUUUCUGGCUGCUGUUCUUUUGUAACUAAAAAGGAAACCUUUUGCAUUGCUCUAUGCUCCACCCCAUCAUCAGCAAUUACUUCCUCCCUAUCUGUCUUUCCUUUACAUCUGUUGGAGAGUGCCCUGAGCUGAAGAACAACACAUCCUGCCUAGGGGAAAAGCACCAGACCGGGAGCUACAAGAUUUCAGCAGACAAGGAGAUAAGACUGGAGAGAACCAAGACAGAAUGUCAGACUCUCUGGUUGUGUGUGAUGUGGAUCCAGAGCUCUUAGAGAAACUGAAGAAAUUUCGUUUCCAGAAGGAGACUAACAACACAGCUAUAAUGAUGAAAGUUGACAAAGAUAGACAACUGGUGGUUCUGGAAGAAGAAUUUCAGGAUGUCUCUCCAGAGCAGCUGAGAAAUGAACUACCUGAGCGCCAGCCCCGAUUUGUUGUCUACAGCUAUAAAUAUGUCCACAGUGAUGGGCGGAUCUCUUACCCGCUUUGUUUCAUCUUUUCCAGUCCAGCUGGGUGCAAGCCAGAGCAGCAGAUGAUGUAUGCCGGGAGCAAAAACAGGCUGGUGCAGGCAGCUGAGCUCACAAAGGUCUUUGAGAUCCGAUCCACAGAAGAGCUGACGGAGCAGUGGCUGAAAGAACGCCUGGCUUUUUUCCGUUAGCUGCUGGUCAAUCCAGGAGGGCUGAGCCUUCACUUAAAUCCCAGCCUCCAAUAGAUUCUGCCACUCUCCCUCUGGAGACACCGCCACAUGAUGCGUAUAACAGAAGCUGCCUCUCCAUCACCACUGUUUGCACCACCAGCUUUUGGCUAGUAGCGAAAAUGUCUGAAAAUAAAAGAGAGU